AGAUCUGACCUAUGUGAACAUUGCAAUAAAAAUAGAGCAAAAGCUGAGUCCAUGAAUAUUUUAACUAUUAAAAAUAUGAAUGGAAUUAAACAAAACUGAUGCAGCCUGAGACAGUAUCCUUGCCUAGAUGAGUGGGCAUUAUCGACCAACCUGAAGGGCUCACGCUAAGAACAGGAACCACAAUAACAAUGAGUUUACACUACGCGGGAUCCGAGUCCUCACAAUCGGAGAGCAAAAUGGACAUCUCGGAGAUGACGCCUACGGAUUCAAAUUCCACUGGCGUCUCACCGCUGGCUGAUAACGAGAUCGGUCCUCCCACUGCUGCUGUUCCGAACGCUUUGGACAAUAGAAUCAUAGACUCCCGAUCGGGAACCGAACUGAUCUCCAUUGAUACGACUGUUACGUCAAACAUUCCGCAGAUGCAACGCCAGAUUAUUGAGCGUACCCUGGCCAACAGUCAUCCACUAAUGUCCCCGACGAAUACCGACUCCGAUUCGGAGCCAUUUCAGCAGGGCAAAUGUCACAACUUUCCCGAUGUUAUUCCAGCUCAACCAGCCUCCGCCCAUAUCCCAAGCGCCCGCAUCAUUAAGCCACAAGAUGCCAAAGUCAGUUUGUUGCGUGGCCAAAGUCCCGAUCUCUUGAGCAGCGAAUCGGAUGCGGAUGUCUCUCAGUAUUUGGCGGCAGUGGAAUCGAAUUUUCAGUCCGUUUCUCUGCUGCCUAACAAUGCAAAUGCAAAUGGUAAAUCUCUGCAACAGCAAAAAAGGAAUAGCAAACGUGGACCUACACUUCCUGGGCAGGGAGAAGAUAUCUCCAGCCUGGAUUCUAUCUCUAAUCAUAGUUUCGAUGAUGACGAAGAUAUAGAACACAAUUUGGCUUCGUUAAGUCCAUCAAGUUCGCUAAUCGAUGGUCUGGAUGGUGAAGACGAUGAUGACGACGAUAAUUGUGAGGGGCCAGAACUAUUACCCGACAAUGAUGAUGACUUGGAUAUGGAAUUUGGCCUUAUGGCCACCACACCCACACCGGCGGCAGCAGCAGCAGCAUCCUCAACAACGGCACCUGGUUCUUCCCUUCCGCAGUAUACGGCUGCCGAAGAGCGACGCGAUUCACGCAAUUGGCAAAAGAUUACCCUGCCUGAUGGACGCACUCGAGAGAUUGAUAUGCGAGUCAUUGAGCCAUAUAAACGUGUGCUCUCCCAUGGUGGCUAUCUGAAGGCUGGCGGUCAGAAUGCAAUCGUUAUCUUUUGUGCCUGCCAUUUGCCUGACAGAUCCCGAGCAGAUUAUAGCUAUGUGAUGGACAAUCUCUUCCUCUAUGUUGUGAAGACCUUAGAGCAGUUGGUCACUGAUGAUUAUGUAUUAAUCUAUCUGCACGGUGGUUCUAGUAGGCGAAAUGUUCCACCUUUUCCUUGGCUCAAAAGAUGCUAUCAAUUACUCGAUCGCCGUUUACGAAAGAGUUUAAAGCACAUGUAUUUGGUGCAUCCAACAUUUUGGAUCAAGUCGCUAGUGUGGAUGGCGCGACCGUUUGUGAGCACAAAAUUCUGGCGCAAAUUGAUCUAUGUUAAAUCGCUAGAAGAACUUGGCCUCCAUGUAGUAGUGGAGAAAGCAGCCAUACCGGAGAAAGUGAAGCAGUAUGAUGCCAAGCGACACUGAAAGAGCAGCAGCAUCACCUCCAAUUGACUUGACACUCGCGCAUUCCGCCUUCAAUACUUUUACUCCAUCUAUCUCUCCUUGUUUAACUCUCUCUCUCUCCCUCUCUCUAUCUUGUUCUUCGGACGGGACCUUUUUUUUUAUUAAUUAUUUUCACUUAAUUUUCUUUGCUAAACUUUACUUUAAGAUCUCAAUCUUUGUGAUAGGUUAUAAUUGCUUUAUCUUUCUUCUGGCAAACAUCUCAUCAGAACGAAUCUCUCUUGAUAUCCAAACUAAAAGCGAGUCAUUCAAUCGAAACAUCGAACAAAUUGUAAUUUGUAUUAGUAAACCACAUAUACAUACACAUACAUACAAACAAAUAUAUAUAUGUAUAGAUAUAUAUAUAUAUAUGUAUAUCAUAUUUCAUGUAGCUUCCGCUUAAUAUUUUUCUUAAUUUUAUUUAAUAUUUUUGUAAAACUUUUUCGUAAACCAUCAAUAUUAAUGCAACCAGAAACCACCAAACUUCCGUACAUUGUUACCUUUUCAACUUAAACUCAAUUUAAAUUUUAAGUAAUUAAAAAUGUUUAGCUGAAUGUAACUUAUAAAUAUAUAUAUAAAUAUAUAUAUAUAUUGUAUAGGCGGCACGACCCCAUGCCAGUCAUUCUAUAGAUGUGUCACCCUCGCCCUCAUCUGUUUUAGUAUUUAAGUAAAAAAAAAAAAAAGGAAAACUAGCGACCAUUUGAUACACUUGGAACACAAUAACACAUAUAAGUAUAUGUAUUGUAAUAUGUAGGCAACUUUAUAGGCAAUAUAACCAAAUGAUAUUAACAAGCGAUAUUUUAUUGGUUUCUAUAAGCCAAGCCCGACUCGGCAUCCGGCACACAAAAACACAC